GCUGAUUGAUUGUUUUUAUUUUCUGACAAAAUGAUGUCUAAUAACGUGUAAAUUAAUUUGAAUAAAAAAGAAAAUUUUCUUAUUUUUUUUUUAAAUUUUUUAUAAACAAAAAAAACAGUUGUUAAUUUAGUUGUUUAUAUUGUGAUAGUUUUGUUAUGUUUUUUUAAUUAACUGGUGUAUUAAAAUUUUAAAGAAAAAUUUUUAUAAAAAUUGUUGGUUAGUUUUUGACACAAGAAAAGAGAGAAAAAAAAAAAAGCAAGGCACAAUUGUGUCUGAUUGUGCUUGCUUGAGGCAAAAAGAGAGACCCGAGAGGGGCAGGAAACGAAAGUGAACGAGAUUAGACUUUUUUUUUCCCAUUUUUUUUUUUUUUUUAUGGUCGCUUUUGUGUGUUAGUGGUAGCUGGCAAAACCCAGGGAAAAACCAAGAGAUUAUUUUGUAUCUGAAUAAGAAGAAUUUUGUUAAUUAUUCAGUUCUAGGUAGGUCGAGAAACAGCCAAAAUUAAACAAAAAUAUAAAAAAUAAAAAUGUCAUACUCUGGUACGGGAUAUAGUACAAGGGAUCCAAUAUUAUCUUUUGGUGACGGCCUAAAUCUGCCAUGUACCACAGCAAAUUGUCUUGUUUGCAUACCUCGACAAGAUAACACAGUACCUCGUGCGAGAUCACGGUCACCUAUUACAAGACCAAGAUCUCCACAAGCAAAUUUUGGGCUUGAUUUGUCAUAUAACCUGAAUUCAGGUCCCAGCAUAUCUUCAGCAACUAAUCCAUUUGUCCAACCGACACUUAGUCAAAAUUCCCAGUGGAAUAAUCAAGUAGUUGAAAAUCAAGAAGCAGGACAAUCAACGUCAUUUUCAACAAUGGCAUCACAGCCAAAAGUAUCAACACGUCGUCGUGUACGAGCACCUGCUCCCAGAACACCACCACCAGUUGCAAUUAUUGAUUUAACAACAGACACACCAACACCACCACCACCACCAGUACCAAGAAUAAGAUUUACAAUAGGUAAUACUCGUUCACAUGAAGUUGAAAGACCACAAUAUCUUUCAUAUGAACCUGAUGAUAGUCAAGAUGUCACUGAAAAUAUUAGCUUCCCAUCAUAUCAAGGAUCAUAUACUAGUUUUUCAAAUGAAGAAAAUUUAGGAGGACUAUUUCAUUCAGCUGCUAGUCCUAUUGUUCUUAAUGAAUCAUCAAAUGGUAUAAUUUUUGAUCAAUCAAGAUUUAAUAAUGAUAAUAAUAGAGCACCAGUUAAUAAUUCAAAACCAGCUGAUCCAGCACCAGCAAUAAAUGAUUCAGUUGAGGGUGAAACAGUUGUAUUAUCUUGUCCAAUAUGUUUUGAAGAAUUACGUCCAACACGAAAACCAACAUCAACUAAAUGUGGUCAUGUUUUUUGUGAAGAAUGUCUAAAUGCUACAUUUAUUGCUCAUAAAAAAUGUCCAAAGUGCAAUGCACCAAUUAAACGAAAAUCUUGCAUACGUUUGUUCUUAUAAUCUUUGUAAUUAAAUAAAUAUUUUUAUAUAAUUUUUUUUAAUUUUUUUUUUUUUUUCAUUAAAUAAUUAUAUUUACGAACAAAUUGUUGUAAAAUAAAUUAAAUUCAUUUCUUUUUUAUGCAUCAGCUGAUAAUCAUAAUAAUUAUUAUAUAAAAAAAAAAAUUGCUCAUUUGUUGUAGAUGAGAAUAGAUUAGAAAUUUGAUUCUUUUUUUUUUUUAUUUUCGUUUAAUUGUUAGUUUUUAAAUGUUCGAUUAAUUAUUGAGAAUUUUUUUUUCUUUUUUUUUUUUUUGUAAUUUGUAAUUUUAGUUUUUGCAAUUGUGAGUACUUGUAAAAUGUGAUUAAAUUCCAAGUUAUUAUGUCAAAUAGAACUGAUUUGUAAAUUAAUUAUUUGACAAUAAUUGCGAACAUUAUUCAUUAAUAGAAAAAUGACAUUUGCCAUAACGUUUAGUUGUUUUUUUAAUCAAAUUUAUGUAGCUCGUU